GACUGCAUGAAACCGUGCCUGUCUGUUGCCUAACUGCACGUUUCUCUUGAAUAAUUGUUUGGCCCGAACAGAUUUCAGGAUUAACCCAUUUGAAUUCGCAGGGAUGUCAAAGCGACUGCGAAGCAGAGAGGUCUGCGCCGACUGCAGCGCUCUAGAGCCACGCUGGGCCUCUGUGAAUAGGGGUGUGUUGAUCUGUGAUGAGUGCUGCAGCAUCCAUCGAGGUCUCGGGCGACAUAGCUCUCAAGUACGACAUUUGACUCAUACACCAUGGCCACCCUCCCAGUUACAGAUGGUACAGACACUAUACGCCAAUGGAGCUAAUUCUAUAUGGGAGCAUAGCCUUUUGGACCCAUCUUCUGUAAUGAGUGGGAAACGCAAGGCCAACCCACAGGAUAGAAUACAUCCCAACAAGACUGAGUUCAUCAAGGCUAAAUAUCAGAUGCUGGCAUUUGUCCAUCGGAUGCCCUGUCGGGAGGAUGACAAUGUCACUACAAAGGACCUCAGUAAGCAACUCCAUUCAAGUGUUAGGACUGGGAACCUUGAAACUUGCCUUAGGCUGUUGUCUUUGGGAGCACAGGCUAACUUCUUCCAUCCAGAGAAAGGAAACACCCCAUUGCACAUAGCAGCUAAAGCCGGCCAAAUGUUUCAAGCAGAGCUCUUGGCAGUUUAUGGAGCUGACCCGGGGGCUUUAGACACUGGUGGAAAGACCCCUAUUGAUUAUGCAAGACAAGCUGGGCAUCUGGAGCUGGCAAACAGGCUUGUGGAAAUCCAAUAUGAACUCACUGACCGGUUGACAUUUUAUCUUUGUGGAAGAAGGCCAGAUCAUAGAAAUGGGCAGCACUUCAUCAUUCCACAAAUGGCAGACAGCAGUCUGGACUUGUCAGAGCUUGCAAAAACUGCAAAGAAGAAACUUCAGUCUCUAAGUAACCAUCAGUUUGAAGAACUUGCCAUGGAUGUUUAUGAUGAAGUUGACAGGAGGGAAACAGAUGCAGUGUGGUUAGCUACUCAGAAUCACAGCACGCUGGUAACAGACACCACUGUUGUGCCUUUCCUUCCUGUCAACCCUGAGUAUUCCUCCACCAGAAACCAGGGUCGUCAAAAGCUAGCAAGGUUCAAUGCUCAUGAAUUUGCUACACUUGUCAUUGAUAUCCUCACUGACGCCAAACGCCGACAGUGGGGUAAUUCCUGUGAAAGUCUGAAAGAGGAUGUGGAGCUUAUUCUGAAAGGAAUAGAAAGUCAACAUGGCAUUGAGGGUCAAGACUAUGACCAGCCAGAUUACGACAGCGUGGCAUCAGAUGAAGACCCAGAGAAAGAGGGCGUGUUUGGAGACAGUUGCAAUGAGGCAAGGACAAAGAGCUCUGAGUCAUCUGACCUCUCAGAUGGACCUAUCACAGUGCAGGAAUUCAUGGAGGUGAAGAGCGCUCUCACUGCCUCCGAAGCCAAAAUUCAACAGCUUCUCAAAGUCAACUGCCAUCUAAGUGAAGAGCUGCGAAUGAUGCAGAGCAAGCUGAACUCCCUGCAGACUGAAAACUCUACAUUGCGAUGGCAAACUCCCAGUGGACGACAGUACUCCCAGGAGCCUUCUGGCAGACCGCUAGUCCGUGGUGGCCGUCCCAUUUCCAUGUACGAAACAGGUUCUGGACCAAGGCAGUAUCCCCACCGAGAUGAAACACCACACAAUGAGGAUGGACUCAUUUUGCAGCCCAUCCCAACGAAUAUUGGGAGGGGUCCUUUGGGGACGGCUGCCUCCUCUCUCCCAACCUUUCCCUCUUCCCUGUCCUGGUCGUGGGAUGAAAGAUCUCGAAGGGGCUGUAGCCUUGAAGGGCAUAGUAGCUUGCUAGAGAAUGACUAUGACAAUACACCCAAUCCAUCAGAACUGGCACAGACCAGCCCUCUUUCUACUUCUGAAACUUUGGAGCCACAGGUAGAUGGAGAGGAAGGUGCCACCCUGCCUUGCACUGAAGAUGUCAUCUGUAAAACUGAGCAGAUCACUAAAAAUAUACAGGAGCUUCUGAGGGCAGCUCAGGAGAACAAGCAUGAAAGCUUUCUUCCAUGUUCAGAAAGGAUCCAUAUGGCUGUGACGGAGAUGGCCACCCUGUUUCCCAAGAGGCCAUCAUCGGAGACUGUGCGAGGUUCUCUCUACUUGCUCACUUCAAGUGCUAGCCGGCUCCAUGAAGAGUGCCAAAAGGCCACAUCCACCAACUCCAGCCCUUCAGACAUGCAGCUGGUCACUCAGCAGGUCAUCCAGUGUGCCUAUGACAUUGCAAAAGCGGCCAAGCAACUUGUCACUGUGACAACCAAAGAAAACAACAACUAAAUUAAACCCAAAGAUUAAGCUUGUCUCAAUUACUGAAUACACAAUCUAUCAUUGAAUUUGCCUGUUUCGACUUUAUCACCACCACUGUAUCAUUUCUUUUGCCAGCUUUAUUCUGUAUAACAAAGCAUUAACUCUGUUUUUUUUUUUUUGUGGAGGGAUAAGACGUUUACAGAAAAUGUACCUUGAAAAAUUAUUGGUUAGUUUAACGCUUUAUUUAUUCAGCAGUUUGUUUUUUAUACUAAUAAGAAGUUAUGAUUUGUCUUUCAAGGUGAAGGAGACAAUCUUUUGUCAUCCAUUAUGUCAAAAAGGACAUUGUAAUUGCCUUUACAAGAAAGGCUCAAAGUGCAGUGUUUCACACACAAAAAUGUCAAUGGUGGAGCCUUAUAUACAUUUGACCUCUCUUUUGUACUGCUUCAGUGAGCGUUAUUUACGUUAGCAAUUUAAAAAAAAUUAAAAGUAAAACUAUUAAGAUCUUGAAUCCAAAUGGUAAAACCUAGUAUGUCAUGAUAUGAAACAGUUUGAGUAUAGUAAACACAUUGUAUCACGUGAAUGUCUGUACUCAAAAAUAUUCAAUUGAUUAUUGUCUUUACUGUUGUUCUAGUUCAGAAUCAAUUAAAAUGUACAAGCCAUACCUCCAAUAUGUCCUUAGCUUCAAUGGUUCAUGUUUAAGAAGUAUUUUUUAAAACUAACUUGUGUGAUCCUCCUCGUAAAUAUGCAAAUGUAAAGACAUGUAGGCUAUUCGUAUAACCCUGUAUCCAAAUAAUCCGAAUGCUAUUUUAUUUAUGAACUGUCACACCUCAGAUUAAAAGUAACCAUUUAUUUUCAUAAAUUGUGUUUAACAUCAAGGUUUCAUAUUGGCCAGUUUUUGUUUUCUUUUAUUAUUUUUUUAAAUGUUUUUUUUUGGGAUCUCCAUAGUCGGUUGGAUUUGUGGGCUUUUUGUCACACGAUUUUUUAAUUAUUUUUUUCUCCAAUGUGGUGCCAACAUCUAUGUAUUCCUGUGCUGCUAGUGGUCAAAACAGCUAAGUUAAACAAGCAAAUGCAUCCAUGAAGAAACGUCACUACUUCAGGUUAUUAAAUGUAUGUUGUUGAGUGUUGUGAGCCAAUUAAAGCAUU